AUGACGGCGAUUCUGGUGUCCGUGGCGGAGCUGUCCAACAUAUUCUCGGUGCUCGCCGUGCUGAUAUGCUUCUGCGGGGUCUUCCUCUUCAUCAUGAGGAACAUGAUGGUGCUGCGCGUCCACGGCGACGACCUGAUGUUCGGCGGCGGCGGCGGCGUGAUAACGCAUUCACCGCGCAUACCGCAAAUGGAGAUGAUGAAGGUCCACAUUCCCUUCACCUUCAAGCUUCACGAGAGCUUCAAGAGCACGUACGCCGAGGUGGAGUGCGAGGUGUCCAGCCAAGUGGAGUACUCGCUGCAGGCGAUCUGGGGUGUCAGCAUAAGGGAGCUGCAUCUGGCGCUCUGGAAGCCGUGGAGCACGUUGCGGGACGCGUCCCUGAACGGGACCCUUCUACAGGGGCACGCGCAGUAUCUCACGCCGCCGCAAACUAGACAGCCGCACGGUGAGGAGACGCUGAGAUUAUCGCUACCGGCCCCGGAACUCGAGCUCGGCACCCCGCCGCGGCUCUGCUACCCCCUGGUGAUCUUCCUCACACGAAGAGACAACCGGGAUCCACAUCCCGACGAAACCGUGGCUCUGGUGAACGUCGUUCACAUUAAGGACAGCGUGUGCACGUUGCCGACUUCGAUCCUGGCGCAGUACUUGAAGCAGGCGAACGGGCAACUGUCUUGCUUAAAGCAACUGUACCUGGCCACGGGCAACUCGAGCAACUACGACGAGAGCGAUGCGAUGUCGUCGGCGGGCCUGGGCUCGCCGGCCCUCGCGCUCGCCGAGCCGUGCAACAACAAUGACAUCGCCGGCGGCGGCGCCGGCGCCGGCGGCCGCGGCGCCCUGGUGGCGUCCGGCCAGAGCGGAGACCAGGAGGGCGGCUCGCUCUGGAACACCGCCGGCGAGCAGCUCUGCGUCGUCUGCCAGUACUUCCCGCUGUCGCGCGCCCUGCUGCCGUGCCGGCACACCUGCAUCUGCGCCUCGUGCUUCGGCAAGCUCGACCGGUGCCCGAUGUGCCGCAGCCCGAUCAAGAGCUACUUCUGCAUACGCAGCGAGGAGUACAUGCCGCCGGAGAAGGAGAUCAACCCGUGCAAGCAGCGGCAGCCCAGCCACGGGCCCACCCAUUGGCUCCACGACUGGAACGACCGGCUCACCGAUUUCCUCGGCUUCGCCCGAUAGGAGCGAGUUAUUACUUUAUCAUUUGAGGUCACACGUUCUGCAUAACGCAAGUUAGGGAUGGUCUCGGCAGACUUUUUGUUUUAGUAACAGAUAAUUUCUGCCGGUUUAUUCCUAUGUAAAUCCGAGUUGAUCCAGCUAUUAGCUUGACAGAAUAUGAAUAUCUUGAAAUUAUUAAUGUUAUAUAAAUAUCUCUUAAAAUGAAUGCCUGCCUGCAAAAACAGGAGUAUUUAUGUUUUACAUCUUUAUUGUUAAAGAGUGUUAUAUUUUUGAGAAAUUUAGAGACUGUAUGAUCUUAUCUCUCUGAUUUACGUUGGAAUAAAUUCGUAGAAUUGAUUUUUACAAAACAAAAGAUAUCAAUCGUACUGACACCGAUCAUAUCUUGAUUUAUUGUUGUAAUUGUAAGGAAGGUGCGGAAGUUCGUAAGGAUUCACGUGGGAGGCACCAGUGACGAUCCAAUUCGAUGGUGCAAAUAAUUUUCACAAGGUGUCGCAGAAUCACCUACUAUCGUUUCUGCGAUUGGAUGAAAACGUAAAAACUGAUUAUUCUUUUUUCCGUCAAAAUGAGAGUAGUUAAAAAAAAAGAAAAUUAACGUUGUUUAACGUUAAUUUUUCAAUUUUUCGCGUCAUUAAAUCUUUGAGAGAACAAAAUGUGUAAAUUCGGAUUUUACUCAAAUAUCCACUUGUGAAAUGAAUCGAGAAUUAUACAUUUUGUCGCUUUCUCUUCUGAAAAAUCGACUCGCCAUCAUUUAUUCUCAAUCAUUGAUUAUUCAAUUUUCAAUACACACAUGUACUAUUUGGGAAUUAUUAUACAUUUAAUCCUAAAAAAUUUCUCUAAUUUUUUAAUAUUUU